AUAGGCCUGUGUGGGGAUCAGCACGCGCUAUUACAAUACAGCCGCUGAAUCUGUGAGGAGGCUUGGUGUGACGGGAGGGUCUGGGGGACAGCACGCGGUCGUGAUCUACAGGAGGCGGAGAUAUCUACUGACGGUAACCCUAGCAGGUCGUUAGAUUCUAACGAUAAGAAAUCCAAUGGGAUCCGGUAACAGUUGAGUAUACAGUUAGAGUGAGCAGAAGGACGCGUCCAUCGUAAACAACCAAUCAGCAUAAGUACCUCAUUCCUUGUCUCCAAAUCAUGGCGAGUGUCAAGGCCGUUCUACGUCACAUAUACGUCAUCAUGUCCAUGUUUAUCACUUUAAGACUGUGUCAGGACGACUAUUAUGAAUGUGAACCCUUACGAGCAUCUGUGUGCGAGUCUAUGCCCUAUAAUUAUACCAUAUUACCUAAUACAUUCAACGACAAUAGCCAAGACGAUGCUAUAAUCGCCAUUAACCAGUACAGUCCCCUGAUGAAAAUAGAUUGUAGUGUGAGUCUAGUGCCAUUUCUCUGCGUCCUGUAUCUUCCCGUCUGCACACAAAUGCAGACUCCUCUACCUCCUUGUCGAAAACUGUGCAAUGAUGUUCGAAACGGAUGCGAAUCCAUCAUGAAUGAAUUCGGCUACAUGUGGCCAGAGGAAUUUAAUUGUGCAAAAUUUCCUUCAAGUGGAUUAUGUGUUGGUGAAAAUCUGACGUCAUCAGAAGGGAGCACCUCUAUCUGGGCGUUGUCACAUCCUCAGUUUACGACCCCCAAACAGAUGGCGUCACGGCCGAUGGACAUAACUUUGAAGCCAGGCAACAACGGAGAAAAUACGGACACUGAAAUCCCUGUGUUUAUCAUCCUGUCAUCUUUACAUAAACUGUUGCUGUAUGACGUGUCGACCGGUGACCUGAUCACACUCUACUCCGGCCUAGACCAGGGCGCGGCUAUCGACUACCAUUUCGGCCUACAGUGGAUUUACUGGGCCAGCCACGGGGACAGCAGGAUAUACCGGGGCUCUCUCGCUCUCGACGUUCUGACAGACGUCCAUUUGGUAGUUGACUCUGUGUCGUCCUCCAUUGAAAGCAUUGCUGUUGACUGGAUCACACGUCAUCUGUUCUGGAUGGAGACAUACCCUUCACAGAUCAGAGUUGCCACCCUUGAGGGAGAAAAUCCUACAAUAUUAUUGGAUAAAGAACUGGCCAAUCCGAAGUCUCUGGUCCUUGAUCCUAUUGAAGGGUAUCUGUUUUGGAUAGACUGGGUCGGUACUUUAUACUCACCUUCCGCCAGUAUUGAGCGGUAUGACAUCAGUAGAAGCCGGCAUGACGUCAUUUUCAACAUCACCAAGGAGAUCUUACCAAAUAUGGGACGAUCUAUUGGCCUAGCUACGGACCUCCCGAACAAGCGUCUCUACUGGGUAGAUGCAAAGUCGGAGUCCGUGCAGACGGUCAGUUAUGAUGGCGCCUCAUUCCGGGUCAUAGUGAAGAGUAGGUUCCGAAAUGGACUACAGAACCACAAUUUCCUCACCGAACCCAGAAGUGUAGCAAUUUUUGGGAAGAAUGCAUUCUGGUCAGAUCGAGCCACUCAGUCCGUCGUCAAGGCAAGAAAAGAUGGCAGUUCUAAGGUAAAGUUACUGAAGACACUGACAGCUUCGCCUCCACUAGACUUAAAAGUCUUCCACGCCCUCAUACAGCCCUCAGGGACACCAAGGUACCAGAUCAAACUGAUGGCUACCUCCUCCAGUGACGUUCAUCGGUCCAGAUAUACAGUAGUGAUGACAGCAGCCAUACUGACUCUAACUGUAAUGAUAGCCAUGUUUAGUUGAUAUCAAUCUCUAUAGAACAUUUAGUCUGAAAUCUUAAAUAAUGGGCUAUCUAAUUCAUCUAAAGAAUAUAACAGAAACCAGGCUCAGGUAUGGUGAAUCAUGGACAUUAUUACUAGGUGCUAACACCCAGGAUGUGUAUAACUAGGUGCUAACACCCUGGACAUGUAUUACGUGGUACUAACACCCCGGACAUGUAUUACAUGGUACUAACACCCAGGAUGUGUAUUACUAGGUGCUAACACCCAGGACAUGUAUUACGUGGUACUAACACCCCAGACAUGUAUUAUGUGGUGCUAACACCCCGGACAUGUAUUAUGUGGUGCUAACACUCAGGACAUGUAUUAUGUGGUGCUAACACCCUGGACAUGUAUUACGUGGUGCUAACACCCAGGAUGUGUAUUAUGUGGUGCUAACACCCUGGACAUGUAUUACGUGGUACUAACACCCCGGACAUGUAUUACAUGGUACUAACACCCAGGAUGUGUAUUACUAGGUGCUAACACCCAGGACAUGUAUUACGUGGUACUAACACCCCAGACAUGUAUUAUGUGGUGCUAACACCCCGGACAUGUAUUAUGUGGUGCUAACACUCAGGACAUGUAUUAUGUGGUGCUAACACCCUGGACAUGUAUUACGUGGUGCUAACACCUUGGACAAGUAUUAUGUGGUGCUAACACCCUGGACAAGUAUUAUGUGGUGCUAACACCCUGGACAUGUAUUACGUGGUGCUAACACCUUGGACAAGUAUUAUGUGGUACUAACACCCCGGACAUGUAUUAUGUGGUGCUAACACCCUGGACAUGUAUUACGUGGUACUAACACCCUGGACAUGUAUUAUGUGGUGCUAACACCCUGGACAUGUAUUACGUGGUACUAACACCCUGGACAUGUAUUACUAGGUGCUAAAACCCAGGACAUGUAUUACUAGGUGCUAACACCCAGGAUGUGUAUUAUGUGGUGCUAACACCCUGGACAUGUAUUACUAGGUGCUAACACCCAGGAUGUGUAUUAUGUGGUGCUAACACCCUGGACAUGUAUUACGUGGUACUAACACCCAGGACAUGUAUUACUAGGUGCUAACACCCUGGACAUGUAUUACUAGGUGCUAACACCCAGGAUGUGUAUUACUAGGUGCUAACACCUUGGACAUGUAUUACGUGGUACUAACACCCCGGACAUGUAUUACGUGGUACUAACACGCUGGAUGUGUAUUACUAGGUGCUAACACCCAGGAUGUGUAUUACUAGGUGCUAACACCCAGGAUGUGUAUUACUAGGUGCUAACACCCAGGAUGUGUAUUACUAGGUGCUAACACCCAGGAUGUGUAUUAUGUGGUGCUAACACCCUGGACAUGUAUUACGUGGUACUAACACCCUGGACAUGUAUUAUGUGGUGCUUACACCUAGGAUGUGUAUUACUAGGUGCUAACACCCUGGAUGUGUAUUACUAGGUGCUAACACAUAGGAUGUGUAUUACUAGGUGCUAACACCUAGGAUGUGUAUUACUAGGUGCUAACACCCUGGACAUGUAUUAUGUGGUGCUAACACCUAGGAUGUGUAUUACUAGGUGCUAACACCUAGGAUGUGUAUUAUGAGGUGCUAACACCCAGGAUGUGUAUUACUAGGUGCUAACACCUAGGAUGUGUAUUACUAGGUGCUAACACCUAGGAUGUGUAUUAUGAGGUGCUAAUAUACUCAGGACGUGUAUUAUACCAUGCUAACACCUUAGACAUGUAUUACAUGGUGCUAACACCCUUGAUGUCUAUUACAUGGAGAUGAUUUUUAAUAACAUCCUGGAUAUGCUUUCAUAGUGUUAUAUUUACCAUUGUAUGGCACUGCCACUAUAUAACCCUACCAAUUCAGUUGCGAGUUCACCAGCUUAUGAACUGCCAAUUUCAAAAAAAAAUCGCACGACAAAUAAAAAAUCGCAGAUGGUAAAUAUAAGCAUUGAACGGCUUUCAGUUGGCAUUCAUAGUCAAUAUGAAUGCCAACUGAAAGCUGUUCAAUGUUAAAUGUAACAGAACAGAAUGAAUUCCAAAUGUGUACUCAGCUCGGAUUUUAAAAUACAACAGCCUAUUAGGGAAUCAAUACUGAAAUUAAAACAUUCUCUUCUCAGCAGAAAUUGAAAAAUUUGUCAUGGACAGGAAAAGUUUAUUAUAAUGUAUAUUUGUCUAUCAACAGAUAAGAUUUUACAUUUAAUUUAUUAUAUAGAUAAUGAUAAGUAUAUAAUGUUGUUUAUGAUUAUUUCAAUUAAUAUAUGUAGAUUCAUACUUUUUGACAAUAAAGUAUAUGAGUUUGUGUUGAAAA